GUACAUCUGCAACCAAGAAGAAAACACGGAAGGAAAAUUCAGUCUGAACACUGAGAUUUUAACAUAAUGAUUUUUGAACUGUGUUUAACGAUUGUGCUCAUCGGCCUUGUAAUAAAGGCGACGCAACGCCCAAAGAACUUCCCCCCAGGUCCAAGAGGAUUGCCUCUGGUAGGUUAUUUGCCUUUUUUUUCAUCAUGGGAUCCACAAUAUCCGCACAAGGCGAUGAAAAAGAUCGGCGAUGUCUACGGACCUGUGGUGGGAUUGUUUAUGGGGCCCAGCCAAGCAGUAAUUUCUGUUUGCGGUCACGAAGCCAUAAAAGAGGCUAUGCUUAAUGACGACCUUACCGGUCGACCCGAGUUGGCUAUCAUGACGGCUAGAACAUUUGGAGAAAGACUAGGAAUUAUGUUCGCCAUGGGCCAAUUUUGGCAGGAACAACGCCGAUUCACUUUGAGACAUCUCAGAGAUUUGGGAUUCGGCAAAACUUCCAUUGAAGAUCAGAUGAUGGGCGAACUUGGAGAUCUGAUAAAAGAUAUAGAAAACACAAGUCGAUUAGAUCCGGAAAGAAUUGUCGAUUUGAAAGGCAUCUUUCAAGUGUCGGUGAUUAACAUCCUAUGGGCUAUCAUAGCAGGCGAACGUUUUCAGCGUCACGAUCCCAAAUUUCAAGAGCUUCUAAAAGCUAAUGAGCUAUUUUUCCGGACAGGCAAAAUUUUUCGAGGCGUCGUUCCAAUUCCUGCAUUUCUUUUGAAACGUUUUCGUUUUCUGAGAGAAUUCAUUGGAAUGAAAGGCGAACUAAUAGAACCAAUUCAAAAAUUCAUUCAAAAAACCAUUGAAGAUCAUCAACUUCGAAGCCUAUCAGACGAUGAAGCUGGUGAUUUCAUAGACGUCUACUUGAAAGAAACGAAUAAACAAAAGGCCGAGAAUCCAUCAACAAAUUUCACUGUAAAGCAGCUCAUUUCAACAAUAACAGACCUGUUUGGUGCAGGUGCUGAGUCAACAAGCAGCUCUAUCGGUUUUGCCAUUAUUCAUUUGAUUCGAGAUCAGCAGGUGCAACAGAAGAUGCAAAUGGAAUUGGACCAAGUCUGUGGAGAAUAUUUUCCUACACUGAAUCACAGAUCAAGCUUACCUUACACUGAAGCAGUUUUGAUGGAAGCUCAACGUUGCAGCACUAUUGCACCACUCACUCCUCCUCAUUACGCUAUCAAAGACACAAAGCUUCAAGGCUAUACAAUUCCAAAAGGAAGUUUGAUCAGCCUGAAUCUGUAUGCUGUUUUUCAAGAUUCCAAGUACUGGAAAGACCCGGAAGUUUUCUGUCCAGAACGCCAUUUGAAUGAAGAUGGCACUAAAGUAAUUAAAAGGGAUCAUUUCAAUCCAUUUGGCCUUGGUAAAAGAAUGUGUUUAGGAGACUCUCUUGCAAAAAAUACCUAUUUUCUCUCCACAGCUGCUUUGAUAAAGAAAUUUCGAUUUGAACCUGUACCAAACGAACCACUGCCGACUCUCGACCCCACAAAUGGCUUCACUCUGGGUUACCAAGGAUUUAAAGCUGUCGUUACUCCACGUUCAUGAAUCCAUUUUAAAAUACCCAUUCAAGAGAUUAAAUUUUCAAAUAAUAAUUGCCUUUUGGUUGGUAUGUAGAACAUGCUUAGACGUCCAAAUUUCUCUACGAAACCAGCAAUUCAAUGUUCUCGACUUUCUUAUUCGUCGGUUGUGUUUAAUAAACUAGGGUCAAAUGGCGGGAACAUUUAGCGCGCAAAAGAACGGCAAAGGAAAAAUGCAACCUCGACGUCUUGCAAAAAUUUUGCUUUAUUUUAAAUCAAAUCUAGACAAAUAAACUUUUUAUUUUUCAGAAUUA